ACUGUUCGUAAAUGGCUAACAACCCGUUCUCGUCACACCACUAUGUGAGGCAGUGUGGAGUUUGAGAAAGUGAACACGUUCGCGUACACGUUUUCACCUCUGCAAAAACAUUCAGAAACACGUUCAAUGCGUCUCCAGGUUUCGAAUACAUGUAGGCUAUACGGAUGAUGUUCGAAAACGUCCGACACUGACGCACCAUGGAUAUUGUGGCGAGACAGACAUUAUGCCGUGCUUGUUUUGGGAAGAUGUACACACUGCGUCCAUUAAUAUGCAACUCGAGAUUGAACUCACACAUGACUUGGUCUAUGUGGACAAGACAACUGCAUAGCAAGUUUGAGUACCGAAGACCCCAGAUUGUUGGGCGGUGUUUUCAAAAUGGGGGAUAUGGCCAGUCGAUACGAAGACUUGCGUCCGAGAGUGUUCCCCCCAAAAUGGGGAAGAAGGAAACUUUUGGGCCUGUCACGUGGAAAAGUGUGUUAUUCUUUGCUGGUGUCGGAGGGGUGUUUUUUCUUGGAUUUCAGUAUGUGAAGAAAGAGAAAGAACUUAAAAUUGCGCAGGAGCGGAGUAAGUCGCUAGGUAAGGCCGCCAUUGGUGGUCCAUGGAAGCUGAUGGAUCACGACGGGAAGGAGAGAUCCAGUGAGGAGUUCCUCGGGCAGUGGGUGCUGCUCUACUUUGGAUUCACACACUGCCCCGACAUCUGCCCUGAAGAACUGGAAAAGACUGUAGAAGUAGUGGAUGGAGUGGAUGCCCUGGAAGGUGUUCCCAACCUGAAGCCUUUGUUUAUAACUGUCGACCCAGACCGAGAUACGCCGAAAGUCAUCAAAGAAUACUGUUUAGAGUUUUCUCCCAAGAUACUUGGGCUGACUGGAACCAAAGAACAAAUUGACAAUGUGACUCGGUCGUAUCGUGUUUACUACAGCAUUGGCCCAAAAGAUGAAGACAAUGACUAUAUUGUUGACCACUCCAUUAUCCAGUACUUGGUGAAUCCAAAGGGAGACUUCGUCGACUUCUAUGGCCAGAAUAAAGUGGCUGAAGAAGUUAAAAACAGCAUCGUUAUGCAAAUGCACAGAUACAGCCAGCUUAAUAAAUAGUUCACCAACCCAUUUGAUUAGCUGGUUUUGUUAAUGUGGCACCAUAUAAUGAACUAUUGGACACACGGUUCCAACUUAAACAGAUUGGAAUCUGAAAACAGUGUGCCUCCAACAGCCUAUAUAUCUUAUUAUUGUCUUAUGUAGUUGUUUCUGUCGGUGUGCAUAUCAUCUGGGAUAGGAGUUGCAGUGACUGCCGUUUGUAAAAUCCUCAGCUGAAAAAAGCUCCCCUGACGUUUUUGGGGUUUUUGGAAAUUAGCACAACUUAAUUGUUAAAAUGUAAAUGUCACCAAACUGAUAAUAAUGUACAUGACAAAUUCGGCAAACCCUAAUAUCCGCCCCCCUGACAACAUGCGAACAUUUUGAAAGUAAAACCGAUAAUUAAAUAUAAUAGGGAGUUACUAGUAAGUAAACAAGUAAAUAAACAUGGCAAUCUAGUUUUAUUUUGACAUUGGUUACAAUGAAUUUGCCAGAUUGCUACAAAAGCAACACACCUUGCCCACUCGUUCUGCAAAUUCGUUGCACCUCAGCUGAUUAUGAAUAGAAAUAGGCCGAAGUGUUCCAAAUGGUCGAAAAUUCCGAUAGUACGACUUCUGCCUUACAUACAUCCAAUGAAAACAGUUGAUACAUUUUAUAUUAAGGAAGACACUGCUGUUUUCUUUUUCUGAAUGAAAACUUUUGGGAUCAAUUUCUCAAAACUUAUUAGUUAAUAGUAUAAAAUGUUCACCUGGCAAAUUUGUUAAGGGGAGCGGUUUUUCGCGCCACAUGUUUUACGGGUGUAGGGGCAAUCGCGCCCGUCAAACGACAGUCACUGGGGUUGGGGUUGGGGGAAGUAUGUGUAAAACAGUUAAAAUGAUGUGUUGAUUUGGCUAAUGCACACAUUCUUAAAAACAUUUUGGCAAAUUUAUACCAUGUUAUUUCUACAGCUGGAUCCCUGGUAAUCUUAUGAAUUUCAGAGGCAUAAAAAGGUGGCAACAUAAUUAGAGAAUCACAGGUCGUUGAACAGAUAGCAGUUUGAUGAAGUGAUGGCAAGAAAGGGCAACCCUUUGGGUCGUUGAACAGAUAGCAGUUUGAUGUGAUGGUAAGAAAGGGCAACCCUUUGGGUCGUUGGAACAGAUAGCAGUUUGAUGUGAUGGUAAGAAAGGGAAACCCUUUCGGUCUUGCCGAGUUAAAUUAUUUGUCCUGAAUAAGAUAAUGCUGAUAUCCUUAUGUAACUAACCAGUUCUUGUCUUGUUUUCAUCAUGCAACUAUUUUUAAUACCACACCAAACUACUGUAUGGGAACUAUGUCAGGGUUCUUCAUACGCAUCCUGGAAUGUCGUAGAAUUUUGUGGUUUUAAAAUCCAGGCCCGGAAUGUCCUAGAAAAAGCAUUAAUUUUUAUUGUUUCUUGGAAAUUUAGGCAAAAAUUGUGCUGGUUUAUAAUUUUUGAAACUUUACUUUCGUUGUCCUCAUAACCCGUCUAAAUUCAGACAACAAUUUGUUAUAAAAACAUUCAUUGAUUGAACAUUUUAUGUCCUAUAAAAGUCCUUGACUUUUAUUAUUUUUCAAGUGUAAGAACCCUGUAUAACGACGUCCAAAAGAAACUUUACAAGGCUUGAAAUGUUAUUAUAGAAAAACAACAAACGGUACGGUGGGAUAUGAAAGUAUCAUGAAGUUCAACAUAUAAACAUGAUACAUGCAGUGUUUGUAAGGUGGGAAAAAAAUUAAAUUGAUGUUGGAGGAAAAUGUGUUGAUUUACACUACAGAACGAUAUUCAGUGUGAUGGAAUUGCUGGUUCUCUGCGAUAGCCAAUCUAGCAUACAGAAUCUCCUUUUUUAAUAUCCUCAUUAUGUAUUUUUGUAGGGGGUUGGGUUUUUUUUUUUUUUUUUUUUUUUUUUUUUUUGUACUACACAAUAUCAUGACAUCCACAGCAAGUUCGCAUAUUUCCUUCUUUUAUGUCACUAAACUUUGUCAUUGUAUGUAAGAAUUUUAUUGUCUCAAUUGAUAUUUGUAUUUUACCAAGAAAAUCUACAUUAAAUGCUAAUAAAACAAGACUGAUUUUUAAA